AUGGCGGCAAGCGUAAUCAGAAGUCUGAGUGUUUUCGGACUGGCCAGACCAGCCCAAGCCUGCUUUAUGGCCAUUGAGGAGGAAGAGUUCGAGGAAGAUUGUGAAGAGGAGUUUAGGGAGGAGAUUGAAGACUGCUUUGAGGAGGAGGAGGAGUCCCAAGCCAUAAAGUCUCAAGUUAAAGAGCCAUGUGUCACAGAUCCCAACUUUAGCAACACAGAGAUCACAGAUCGUCUGCUGCGUUUCGCUGAGCUCAUCAGCAGUGAUGUGCAGCGCUAUUUUGGACGUAGUCGGGACUCUGACACUUGCAACGUUUAUGCAGGAAAGCCAUGCCCCGAGGUCACGCCCCGACAACGUCACCUCUCCAGCAUUGUCAGAGCGGCAUCAUCGAAGCAGUGUGAUGGACCAGAAAAACUGGGCCCACUUGCAGAGCUUUUCCAGCAAACUGACAUGAAGAAGCAAGGAAUGCCCAUGAUCCAGCGCCGGCUGCCUAGUAGUUUCUGGACUGAGCCCCAUCCUGACAGUCUCGAUGUGGGGUGCCACACUCCUAAUCUGCCGAGUUGCUUCACAGACACGAUGCACAGUAGCACAGAAAGUCUUACCAUCAGUAGCUCCAGUACACCAGACUUCGGUGACCUGCUUGCCCACUGGGCAUCAGACAGAGACCCCAGUGAGUUCACCUGUGAUUACCAGCUUCCUUAA